AGGCCUGAGAAGACUUCCAUGGUUGAACAGGGACGAUCGCAGAGUUGUUUUUGGCCAUUGGAGGUAAAAAAGUCGUAAUCCUUGAAGGCUGCCUCUCGCAAUUCAAUGUUGGUGGGGUUGCAAAUUGUGCUGCCACUUUUAGACGUGUUCUUCGAGGAAACAAUGCUUGUUUCUUUAUUUACAAGUCGUAGUCAUAGGACUUAUGGACCCGUUUGGGUGUGUGCCACUCACGCAUUUCCAAUAUUGAUGACACCCGGCUACUACCUCCAUUGAUUGCCCGUCAUUGGGAUUUAUUCUUGUGGCACCCCAUUCAUCGAGAAGUUCCAUGGCAGAAGGAAAAAGGAAAAAAAGUAUUAGUCUAAAAACAAGAGUGGUUGCAUGCAGGAACUAUUGAAAAAAGUAUGCCUCCAACUCAAAAGUCAUGAUUGCCAUUGCCAUUGAGAACAUCAUGAAACCCGACAAAAAGCGAACCAAGGUCCAGAAUUUUAUGGGAACCGACGCCAAGAAGGACCCUACCAAACCUGACCCUCCGACUUCCUUGUUCAAUGCCAAUUCCUUGGUCCUCUUCAUCAACGUGUUUGUGGUUUUAGCCUGCACAGGCGGCCUUAUAUUCCAAGGCUCACAAUGUCUCAAGCGGUUUUGGGAUAGUGAGACCAAGGCCAUUCUGAGCGUCAAACCAUCCGGAGAAGCCACCUUCUUGGCUUUUACAUUCUGUCCCUCGUUCAAAGACGCCUACAGUCAAGACGGGUUGGCCAAGUACGGACUGACAGUGAACUCGUACAAGUCCGGUGAUUAUUUUGGAAACCAAUCCACAAUGGAUACUUCCAAAAUUGAUGGGUAUGACGUUUUUGCUGAUGUCACCUACGAGUUGUCAGAGUUACUGAAGGUGAUUGAGAUCAGCCUCUCCGACCCGAGCCUUCCCAGUGUGGUGAUUGACCUAUCCAAACCACUCAAUAGUUCACAAGCCGAAUGGACCACCAUUUACGAUGAUACUUUUGGACGAUGCUACCAUAUGUACCUGAACCCAGCCGUGACCAGGAAAGAGAUUGUCAACAUGGAGAUCGAAGCCAAGGCCGGAAUCUAUAUAUAUCUUCACCAUCCAGGUCAACGGUUGGACGUUGACUCGAAAACCAAGGUAUUUGCCGAGCUUGGGAACAAGCUUUUCAUCGACUUGGCUCAUGAGUUGUCCACGAACACAUUGGGCCAAGACGGAGAGAUGCCUUGCGACGCCUCUAUGGAUUGGGAUUAUGAUGGAUGCAUUUAUGAGAAGUUGGGCAAUGAGCUAUGGAACUCCUUCGGAUGUGUUUUGCCAUUUAUGCCUUCGGUAAGUGGAAGAUCCAUUUGCCGAUUUGACACUUCAACCCAAGAGGGUUUGGAGUGGAAGCAUCAGGUCAUUGAGCGCUACAAUUAUCUGUCAUCAACUGGACAAAGAGGCCUUUGUGCCAUGCCUUGCUCCACCAUGGAAGUGUUUCUGGGUCUUCCAUUCGAUGGGGUGGAAGAUCCCGACAUUGCAUACAUCAAGAUGUAUAUCAAAUCCACCGUGAAAGUGAAGAAGACGGUUCUUGAUUAUACCUGGUUAUCCAUGUUGGCUGAGAUAGGUGGUUACACAGGUCUAUUAUUGGGUAUCUCUGUGGUCAAUAUCACCAAUGUCGUGGAUAAGGUCGUGACCAAAUGCUUUGGCUGAAACCUGCCCGACGGAUCUGACGCCAAAUCAAAUAAUUCUUUCGUGAACGAGACAGACCCGAGGGAUCUUGAGCUUGAAUCGUCGCUACUUUGUCUAUUCUGUACAAAGACACCUUACUCAAUACAGCUGUAGAACAGUU